CUUUUUCGCUGUCUCUCCCUUUCUCUCUCUCUCUCUCUCUCUCUCUCUCUUUCUGCUUUCUUGUACCAGACCAUUCCUUUCCUUUCUUUGUCUGUCUACCGAAGAGGAAAGGCAAGAGAGGAGGGUGCAAAUGUGAGAGAGAGCGAGAGAGUGUGUGUUAAGAAAGGAGAAGACAGAAUGGACCAGACACACUCGCCUUUUUGACAAUAGAAGCUCACUUCCUAUCUGUCAGUGUUGUCUCGUGAAACAGCUCCAAUUGAAAAGAAAGGACAGUGAUCUCUGUGGAGAUCUGCAGUGGAGGGAUUCACAGACUCAUCAGUGUGGCUGAAUGUAUCACAUAGCAGAGCAGUAUUUUGGACGUAACUCGUGGGACUCUUUCCCCUCUGCUGGGCCGAACCGAGCAUCAUGGGCCCCAGGCAACAACCGGUACUGGGCCCCUCCUUCCAGGUGCAGUGGAGGAAACUAUCAAUCCUCAUCCCAAAACUACACAGCAGGAAGAAGCUACCCAAAUAACACUUAUAACAACAGACCUCCAGGUUUCAGUAGGGACAGGCCCCAGACUCACUCCAGAGACAGAGACACUGGAAAGAAACAGAGGCUCCAGAGGGGCUGCGGACCACCACAGGACCAGCACCAUAACCCUGAACACUCCACCAUAAACAACUACAGCUCAGGUUGUGGAGGUCACCCUUCCAGCAGCAACAAUCAUGCCAGCCAGCCACACAGGGUGUAUGGGGGUCCGCACCAGCAGCAGCGUUCCACUGGGCGCCACCCACAGUCCCAGGGAGAGAAAUGGACACAGUUGACUCAGUCUAGGACUUUUCAAGGGCAUUCUCUGAAACGUCCAGCACCUCCUCACAAUAUGUCACCCCCCCUCCGUGACCCAUCCCCUUCACAAGACGACUGUUCCAGCAAAAGGAGUAGGCCCCCGCACCAGAACUUCCACCCAAGGGAGAACUAUUUCAUCAACCGUCCACCUCCAUCCCAUCCACCUGGGCCCUGGAGCCCAACAUACAAAAGCUCAAUGCCCUGGAGCCCGUCUGAGAAGAGGUCCUCCCCCUCUCGCUUUCAGGAGUCCAGUCAUUCAGGCAUAAGAGAUCACACCUACAGAUCCCAUUCCUUACCCUCACCUCCAAACAGUAGCCCCAGUCAGGGCCUCCAUAACAAGAAACCCACCAAACUGGGGCCAUCCCAUCAUCCGGUCCGAGAUCAUCCAGGCCCCCAUCCCCAUGGGGCCAAAGGGGGCUGGGAUUGCCCAUCACUAGCAAACCUCACCAGUGUGCCUUACAGUCAGCAGCACCAGCUCCCUCCUCCACAGAGGCACACCGGCUCCUCCAGCAGCCCAGCCAACUCAGUACCUCAGCCCAGAUCAAACAUGGCACAGCAUGGCUGGAAAACUCAGAGCCGUUCUGGAAAACACGGCAAUAGUGAGACAGGGCUUACUGCCUCUGACUUGGCAUCCCAGGAGUCUGUGGGCAGGGGGAGAAAACGACUGAGCGCAACCAAACACAGUAGCCGUCAACGCAGUCCCAUUGAGCCGCACAGUAGCGCAGAGGGUAGGAUUAGCGUUUAUAAUGGGAGAGAUUGUACCGAAUGGAGGAGUCCAGAGACCGGGUUAAAGAAACACAAGAGAGACCCUUCCUCUGAACCCACCUCUCAGGCCUCAGACAGGGGUCAAAGGGCACAAAGGUCAGAGAGGUCAGAAAUGAAGAAGAGCAGACACUCUAAACACCAUACUGGAUUCAAAUCCACCCACAAGAGCCCCCUCAGCAAGCUGGAUACUGAACUCUUGAAACACAUUCAGGCCAAGAGGAGGCACAGGGAACGUGUAAAGAGUAAAGAGAGAAAGGAGGAGGGAGAGCUGAUACAUGCAAUGGAACGGAUGGAGAAAAGACUGGAGGAAAGGAAAAAUAAAAAAAUGAGGGAAGGCAGAAAGGGACAUGAUAAGAAAAACACGCAUCAAAAGUUGGGACUGAUGAAGAGAAGAGCAAAAGAGGAAAAGAAAGCAGAGAGGAAAUCAGGAACGCGUGAAGAUAGGAAGAGUGAGAUGCUACCUCAAAAACCAGCAUCUCCUUAUUUAGAAACUUCUGAUCCUAAUGAUUCUGAACUUCUCCUGAAUGACCCAUUAUCACUUCGUUUCCAACUCAGAGAAGAAGAUGAAGAAGUCUCUCAACAUACCUCAGGGUUAAUCCCAACCUCUACAUCUCCUAUCAAUAACAACCAUUGUUCUCCAUGCCAACCAACUCUAGCAGCCAAUACUAAAGCCUUUGAGCUUGACGCUAAAUCUGACUCAGUCUCAGAGCCUGACCAUGUAGACACUAGUGAUGAUGACAGUGUAGAUACAAAAGAAACCCAAAUUGUUUGUGCAUCCAAACCCACUGUUACCGAUAAGCCGAAGGUUGGUGGAGAACAACCCAUCAGUAGCAAGGAGGGUGUCCUGGGGAAAACAAUGGUCCAUCAUGCUCCAGAUCUCCUCCCAGCUCACUGCAGCUAUAGCGAAGAGCUCCUAAGGUUGGAUCCACCAACAAGCCCACCUGUUCUGAGCUGGCAGGGCUCACCGGUGUCAGAUUUGGAUGAUGAUGAUGAAGAUGGAAAAGAGGAAGAUAUGAUUGGAGUACUUAGGAGGCCAGUGCUACAGCCCAGUCCAACACAUUCAUCACCGCUACGAGAAACAAUGGAGAUCAACACUGGGGUUGAUUAUUGCCAUAGCGACCUGGUCAAGCUAUACAGCCUCCCUGAGCCCUCAAAAGCAAUGGAGACUGAGGAAGAGGACAACAAAAAGCGAGAGGGUGAGCAGAAAGAUAGUAGUCCUGGAGCAUCAAGCUCUCAGCCCAACAUACCACACCUGCACCAAAUGGACACAUUUAAAUCGCCAAUCUCAGCAAUGGGUAGCCAUAGGUACACUUACAGGGGUGGGCCAUUUGGUCGGCCUCCCCCUAGUGCUUUAGUGGGUGUGAAAUACUCCUCAUCUCUGUCCUUGGGUCCAGAGAUCCGUCCUCCAGAUCAGCACAUCCCACCUGCGACAUUUCCAACCCAGGAUAUCCCAGAUCAGGUUACAUCACCACUCAUCCAGACCUCAGAGAAAGGCAAAGAGAGUGAAACCGAGGCAGAAGAGGAAGAAAGUGUGGAAACCAAAUCAGAAGUAGUAGAAAGAGAGGCAACAGAGGCAGAAGAGGAAGAAAGACAGGAAACACAUGCAGAAGAGGAAGAAAAAGAGGAAACAGAGGCAAAAGAGGAAGACAGAGAGGAAACUGAGGUCCACAAAAUGGAUAAAAAAAAGAUCAAAGCAGUUGAAUCAUCUGAAGACCCAACCCGUACGUCACUAGAGGAGGAGCAGCAUCUGAUGUCUCCUGCCACCCUGCAGGCUAAACUAGCACAUAGCUGUGAGCUACUGUUAAAUCAAAUCUCCAGUUCUGUGUCAAAGGGCAUAAAAGUAAGCAUGCCCAAGUCUACUGAGAAAGAAUUGGAACUAGUCAGACAGAAAGACCAAGUGAGGAAUCAAAAGAGGAAAAGUGGCAUGACCGUGAAAGGAGAAGAUCAGGAAAAGAGCAAUAGAGGAGAGAAUAAAAAGCGAAAGGUGAAGAAUGAGGCUGAGAUAAAGAGUGAACCUUCAUCUCUGAACUCACCCCUAUCAUCAUCACCUUCUGAUGGUUCAGAUAAGCAGCUAAAGGAGAUCAGAAACAAACAGGUCAUUCCAGACAAUAAAAUCUACAAGAAAGAUGUAAAAGCAGAACCUAAAGAAUUAGAGAGAGAUAAAGGGAUAUAUGUUAAAAAUGAAAGAAUCAAAGAAGACACAAUAAAGGUGGAAACAGCAAGCACAAUGGCAACCUCCAUACCAUCAACUACAUCUACUGCAACCGACAGUCAAACCUCCUGUAUUGUGAGUGCCUCUGGCAGACUUCCGCUACUGGACCGGGUCAAUCUCCUAAAGUUCCAGGCAUUGUCUAAUAUUCCACUAAAAGAGCUGAAGAUUUGUUUGAUCAAAGUGGAGAGCAGAGAUCGGCAGACCUUCAUUGCCUCAGAGAUAGAGCAGAUGAGUAUCCCUCUCAAAGCCAUCAACAUCAGAAACACCGCCACUGAGGUCAUACGAGCCUGCAAAGGGGAGAACAUCAAAAGUAAGUUUCGGGAGUCUUACCUGCUGCCUGCGUUCUCAGUGAAGCCUGUUCUGUCCAGUGAGACCCCCAUUCCCAGAGAGAAGCUCAACCCUCCAACGCCAAGCAUAUAUCUGGAGAGUAAGAGAGAUGCAUUCUCUCCUGCACUACUGCAGUUCUGUACAGACCCAAAAAAUGCUGUCACUGUCAUCAGAGGAUUGGCCGGAUCCCUCCGUCUCAAUCUGGGUCUGUUCUCCACUAAGUCGCUGGUGGAGGCUAAUGCAGAGCAUGCAGUGGAAGUGAGGACUCAGGUUCAGCAGCCAGCGGAUGAGAACUGGAACCACUCGGGAUCCGCCCAGACCUGGCCCUGUGAAAGCAGCAGAUCUCACACCACCAUCGCUAAAUAUGCACAGUACCAAGCAUCCAGUUUCCAGGAGAGCUUACAGGAAGAGAAAGACAGUGAAGAUGAGGAUGAGGAAGACAAAUCAGAGAACAAAAAUGUGACAAAAUCCAUCCUACAGGUCAACACUGGGUCUUCCACAACAACCACUACCACAUACAGCUCGGAGCAGAAAGCUGUUGGGAAAAUCAUCAAAUUUGGAACCAACAUUGACUUGUCUGACCCAAAGAGGUGGAAGCCACAGCUGCAGGAGCUGUUGAAGUUACCUGCGUUCAUGCGUGUGUCCUCCAGCGGGAACAUGCUGAGUCAUGUUGGUCACACUAUACUGGGCAUGAACACAGUCCAGCUUUACAUGAAAGUCCCUGGCAGCCGCACUCCAGGACAUCAGGAAAAUAAUAAUUUCUGUUCAGUGAACAUCAACAUUGGCCCUGGAGACUGUGAGUGGUUUGCUGUCCAUGAACACUACUGGAAGGCCAUCAGUGACUUCUGUGAAAAGCAUGGUGUGGACUAUCUGACAGGUGCAUGGUGGCCAGUUCUGGAGGACCUUUAUCGUUCAAACAUUCCAGUGUAUCGUUUCAUUCAGAGACCUGGAGACCUGGUGUGGAUCAACGCUGGCACAGUGCACUGGGUUCAGGCCGUGGGAUGGUGCAAUAACAUUGCAUGGAAUGUGGGUCCUUUAAAUGCCUAUCAAUACCAGCUGGCUCUUGAGCGCUUUGAGUGGAACGAGUUCAAGAAAGUCAAAUCUAUCGUUCCUAUGAUUCAUGUGUCCUGGAACGUGGCCCGCACAAUCAAGAUCACAGACCCAAACACAUUCAAGAUGAUUAAACAUUGUCUCCUCCAGUCCAUCAAGCACAUUCAGAUUUUGAGGGACCAGCUGGUGUCUGUAGGGAAGAAGAUCUCCUAUCAAAGCAGGGUGAAGGAUGAGCCAGCAUACUACUGCAACGAGUGUGAUGUUGAGGUGUUUGACCUGCUGUUUGUGACCAGUGAGAGCAGCAGUAGAAAGACUUAUGUAGUUCACUGUGAGGACUGUGCUCGGGGACGGAACCCCUGUCUAGCAGGUGUGGUGGUGCUGGAGCAGUACCGCAUAGAUGAGCUGAUGAACACAUACGAUAACUUCACCCUGGCUCCAGUUCCGUGCUCUCGGUGAGCUUGAUGUCUGAAACUACACAGCCAUAACCAAAUCUCCCACCCCAAAUCUCCUGCCCCAAAGCAGCGGCACAAACCUUUCGUUCUCCUUUUUCUUUUUUUCUUCUUCAAGACCACUACUGCAAACUUAUAGAACAGUCAAUCAAAUUGCUGUUUACUUCACAUUGUUUACAAUAUUAUCAGCAGAUGUCUCUCCAGCUCAGUCGUCUUCCCCUCAACCAGCUACUGAUGGGACAUCUGAUUUAAUCGUGUACCUUCGUAUUACGUCUCUGAUUAUAGAAUGACUAAAGUGGUGCUACAUCAUUGGACUCGAGCUAAUUAUGUAUAACUUUGCUAUCAGGUCAUUUCAUCCACAAUGGAUAACUGCUGUGAAUCCCUUUUUUUUUUUUUAAAUAGUCAACUUGCCGAACAUGUGCAUUAAUUCAGGUACUGAUGUAAUUUACUUUUUUUAUGCAAACGGAAGACGAUUUCACCGGUCCAGUUAUUCUGACUAUGGUUUAUCUGAGUGAGUGGUGCUUUGAUACAACGUAUAAACAGCAGGGGAUUUAUUUCUCGUGGAGCUGUUGACCAUUGCAGUGGCAUUAAGUUUUAUUCUGUUGUUUUGGUCAUGACAUAUUUACUACAAGUCUGAUCUUUGUAAAUGGUAUUUGCAUAUUUGACUGGGUGCUAUUUUUUUAAGUUGUCAAAGGUUUUCAGAAAAAGAAACUUUUUUAACAGUCUAGACUAACACCAUUUUGGCCUUGUGAUUUGCAUUUAGACAAAAGGUGAUUUCAAGGUAUUUGAUUAAGUAAACUCAGAGCAUUAAAAUAUAAAGUACGGUAUAUAUAACAGUUAUUCCAAAAAAUACGGGUUUAAUCUUAAACUUAUUUGAUUGCAUUUGUUUGGAAAACCUUGUGUGUGUUAAGUGAUCUUUUUGUACAUUUAAAAAAAAAAAAUCAUUCCUGCAAACUUGUGGCUUUUAAAGCAUUUCUCAAUACAAUUUCUAUCCUUUAAUCAAAUCAUAUAUUCAAAUCAUUCUUUCUUUUUUUAUUUAUUUAGUUGUCUUUUUUUCUUUUGUAUUUAUUGAUUGUUUGUGGUGCUGAUGUGGUGAGGCUCACGGGGGAAUGUUUGAUUCAAAAUGGUGCUGAUCCCCCUCCUCCCGGGUCUCUCUGUCUGUAAAAUGAUCUGUAGGCUUGAAAACAAAAAUAUAAGUUAAUCUCACAAGUUGGUGCUUAGAAAAGAGUCAGUACACUUUUAUGAACUGAAUGUCUUUGUACUGUAUAUUUAACACAUUCAAUUUGUUUGCUCUACUUUACAUGAAGUACAGAGUAUUGUGACACGUGUAUGAUUCCAGUCAUUCUAGCUGUUAUGAUUAUAAUGACCUUUCUAAUUUGUAUCAAUGAUGAUGAAUUUCAGUGGGAGUUUUCAGAUUUGCAUUCCAUCAAUACCUCUCAAGAGUUUGUUUUCAGGUUCAUUGCCAUUUUUCGUUUGUUUUACUGUACAAAAAAAAAAAAAAACAAGUUAAAUGAAAAGAAAGAACAUUAAGGAACUGAGCCAGACUUGUCUAAAACAUUUUGUGAUUUUGUGUGUUAUAACGGAUAUAAUGAUACCUAUAAUAAAAAAUAAACUUUCUGAUAAAUUUA